AUGAUUUGUUUUUGCUGCUUCAUCUUCGAUGAGCUUGAAGAAAAGGACGUCAUGAUGAAGAAACACAAAUUGUGGAUGGAGAACCUCUAUAACUUGAUGGUAAUUAAGAACUCAAACGACAUGGCUGCCAAACCCAACACUAUAGACAAUGAAGCUCUUCUCAAAGUCAUUAAUAACGACAACAAGAAUGAUCUCGAACUGAAAGCUUGUAUACGCUCCAUGAUCGCUGAGACUUGCAAGGAAUACGAAGAGAAGGUUGAGAUGGUUCAAUGCAUCACUACCAUCAAAUCAUCUCUCAAACAAAUGCAGGCAACAUUUUUCUUGAUAAGUGAUAAAAGAAAGGAUGUUCGUGUGAUGGUGGGUUGCACCUGA